CCCCGUCCCCUGCUUUGCCCCGGCCCAAACACCUCUAAAAAAAAGGUAAUCGGCCGCCGGGGGCGGAAGCCACGAAGCGUCGCCGCCGUUGCCACCAUGGACGACACCCUUGCCGCCGUCCUAUCCUACCUCCCGCCGCCCGCCGCCUCUGCCACCGGCUCCCUCUCUUACUCCUUCCCCGCUGCGGAGGCUGCCUCCCUCAACGGCGAGGAGGAGGAUCGCAUCAGUCGCCUUCCCGACGAGAUCCUCCGCAACAUCGUCUCCCGUCUCCCAACCAAGGACGCUGCCCGCACCACGGUGCUCUCCUCCCGCUGGCGCCACCUAUGGGCCUCUAUCCCUCUCGUCCUCGACGACGGCGCUCACGGACUCGCCCCCGCCGUGGCGGCGGCGGCGCUUGCCUCUCACCCGGGGCCAGUCGUCUCCGCGCGCCUCGCCUCCUCGCAGGACGCGGAGGUCGUCGCCUCCGUGUUCGCCUCCCUCGCCUCCAGGGACGUCGAGGACCUUGUCGUGGUGAUCAAUGGCUCCUGGCCAGUCGAGUACCGCGUCCCCUCCAAGGUCUUGGACUGCGCGGCCCUUGGCCGCCUCUGGAUCGGCCUCAGUCAAUUCCCGGACACGUCCGGCGUCGCUCCGGCCCUCCUCAGUCUGCGGGAGCUAGGCAUUGUCCACUCCUCCGCGCAGGAUCGCGACCUCCACGCCGUGAUCCCACGCUGCCCCGAGCUCGAGACCCUCGCCCUCGCUCUGACGCAGGACUACCCGAGGUACCUCCAUAUCUGGUCGGGGAGCUUGCGCUGUGUGGUGAUUUGGAAGUCGAUGCUCAGAGAGGUGCACCUUGACGAUGCGCCCAACCUGGAUCGCUUGCUGGUAGAGCCGAUUGCUGAUGCUGCCACACACAUUAAAAUCAUUAAAGCACCAAAGCUGAAGAUUCUUGGUUACUUUGAUGUUGGACUGCAUCAAUUGAAGAUUGGUAAUACUGUCAUAAAGCUUGAGACAAAGAUAAAGCCAAAUGCAAUGGUUCGGACCCUGAGGACACUGGCAUUGAAGGUGCAGUUUGGAGUCGAGGAUCAAGUGAAACUGAUGCCCACCUUGCUUAAAUGCUUCCCAUGCCUAGAGACAUUGUACAUCAAGUCUGUUCCUUCUGAAGCACUGGUUAAUGCUGGCAUAGAAUUCUGGGAUCAAGUUGGCUUCACAGAAUGUGUAUAUUCACAUCUCAAGAAGUGUGUGUUAGAAGCUGUGCGAGGCGAGGAUAAUGAGCUGGCAUUUGCAAAGUUCAUCAUGGAAAGUGCUCAAAUGUUGGAGGACUUUCAUGUUUUUGUCGAUGGCAGUUGUUCAAAAGAUUUUGUGCUAUGUCAUUUAUCUUCCGAAGGGUGUGUAUCUCUAGAUGCUAGAGUUGUGGUGGAGAGGCAAGAUGGCACUGUGUGGGGCUUCCAGAGAGCCAUCGAUUUGUUUCAGAGUGACCCGUUUGGUUGCUGAAUCUGGAGGUAUUGCAUACCACUAUACCAGCCAAUAGUCACAGACAACUUGCCACUCCAACGGUUAAGUUUGCCCAGCUGUGGGACUGGAACCUUCAAGGCCUCAAUGAGACGAAUGAAGGAACUUGAGAUGGUUUCUAAAGCUUUGUUGUGUUGCACCUGUACUUUUGAAGGAUGAUGAUCAAUGUUGCUAAUCCAUUUGAUUCUGAGGAUUGUAAUCAUUUGAGUUCACCUUUGUUUGUCUUUUGCAAUACUAUGAUACUGUAUGGUAUUGGCAGAGUCUCUCUGCAAGAUCUUGGAUGAGAAGUUGUAAAAUGAGGGUGAUGCUCCCAUUGUAUUGUUAUUGACUUAAGGUGCAGAAAUUGAAAGGUUGGAACAUGUGAACUAUGUGAAAUUCAGAAAUGCAAUUCUCCAAUUUUCCUUA